UCUUUCAUUCUCCAGAGACCAAACUUGCCAUGCCAGCGCAGUAGCCAGUCCAGUGAACACAACGCAGCGCAGAGCAGAAAAGGGCCAGGAAGCCACCAAAACCUGAUCCUUAACUGCCCUCCGAACGCCAACUCAUCCCCUCCCCCAUCCUCCCCUGCCAUCCUCGACGCCACGCCAUCUCUCUCUCUGCCCUGCCUUGCGUUGUCUUGGUCGGUUUCGUUUCGAUCCCGCUCCUGAACAGUACGUCGGCAACUUGGAGGGGGCGCUGCCUGCUUCUUCUUCCUCCCGUGAAGGGAAGGCGGGGUAGCCGAUCUCGGCCCGAGUUGAUCCGGUUGCGGGGGCUUUUCUCUCGCGUGGUCCUCCAGCGCGCCGCGCCGCGCCGUGAAUCGACAACCGGCCACCAUGUUCGUCAAGAAGCUCGUGGAGAGGGCCUCCAAGAAGGUGGAUGAUGAGCUUGACGGCGUGAUGGCGCCGUUGUCGGAUGCGGUGCCCAGAUCAACCCGAGAGUCGUCGACGUUGGCGACGACCAUGAGGUCCCCUGCUUGACGAUGGACAGCCAGAUGCAACCGCUCUGGACCGCGUCCAAGCGACGGCUGCGCCGGAGUUUGUCGUCCACGGUGGCACAUGUGGCCAUGUAGGAUUGCUUUUAGAGGUUGAACUGCCAGUCGACAAGCUUCUUCUCGUCGUCGAUGAGCGACGCCAACGCGAGCGACUCUUGCUACUGGUGUUUGUUCGGGGUUUCCAAGUAUGAAACAUGGAUUCAUCCUUGGCGUUGGUUGUGAAAAUGACACACAAGUUAGAUAUAUGGAAAAAUAUUAUAGAGAAUAAACGACAUGCAUGCAAAAAAAGAAUUUAAGUUGAAAACAUUAUUCAAACAAAAGAAAUUACAUGCAAGACUCUUAUUUAAAUACUACUCUCUCCAUCUAAAAAUAUAAUUCAAGAAUCUAAGUGAUACUUAUCUACUACUGUGCACUGUGCAAGGGUAGCAGGUGGCUUGAGGAGAGAUGUAGUAGAUGUUUUUCUUGACAUGGAUGUAGGAAUACCCUUUCAGUCUUAAUAAGUAGUAGAGAUUUACUGAAUACAAGAUGAACCCCCUUUGACACUUAGAUAUGUUGCUAACAAUUAAUUAAACUUAUAUAAAAUGCAUUAACAACUACAAUGUCAAAUUAGUUUUUAUUAUAGUCUCACCUUCGUUCUUAGGCCACCUCCAACAGAUCGUGUAAAGGGUCAUGUAAAAUAUUGGUUUACACUAUAAAUUGCAUUGUGCAAAUUGGAGUUUGAAAUAAAGAGUGAGAUAAGAAGUCUGCCUAAGAUAGUCUUAGGGUCUGUUUGGUUAGGCUGUGGCUAUAAAAAAGCUACCGUGGGCUGUAAGAUGUGAAAAAAAACUGUUGUGGACUAUGAACCGCUAAAAAGCUAAAACUGUAUAGUGAAAACAACUAAAAAACUUAAAAAUAUUUCACAUCUAUUUUUACGGUUCCAUCCAAAAGCCGCUAAAAACAGAUUCAGAGGUGGUUUCAGUUUUACACUGCAAGAAAUUCGACUUUUAGAAAAAAAUUGCUUUCUAGAUCCAGUUCUUUGGUUUAGAUUUUGGCUAGAGGGCAAAAGUCAAACCAAACAUUAAUUUGUUUUAUCGAGAAAACCUCUUUUUAUACUAGAUAUGUUGCCAGCAAUUGAUUAAGCUUAUUUGAAAAUACAUUAACAAUUACGAUGUUAGAUUACUUUUAUUAUAGUCUACCGGGAUUUGUUUCCAUAAAACAUUUGUUUAAACCUGUAGAUGUUAAUACAUUAGUAAUAUAAUAAAUAAACAAGUAAAUUUUGAAAUAGAGUAGCACAAGAACAAGACAAGUGGAAGCAGGUGCUGCUGUCUUCUUCUUCUUUUUUUUUUUAAAAAAAAAUUAAAAGAUCACUUCUGGGCAGCAACAUAUCGGCAGCAUCAGCUCCCUUCGCCCCGAGAACGUCAGCCCGCGGCUAGCCUUCCACUACGGCGUCCCUGCGGACGCCGCCCUCCUUGCCUACGACCCCGUUCUCCACGUGCUCGCCGUCGCCACCAGGAAUGGACAGAUCAAGCUGUUCGGCCGCGACAACACGCAGGCGUUGCUCCAGUCCCCCUCCCCUCUCCCUUCCAGGUUCUUGCAGUUUGCCGAGGGCCAAGGGGUUCUGCUCAAUGUCAAUACCCAGAACCAGAUCGAGGUUUGGGACAUUGAUGCGAAAAAACUCUGUUAUCUGCACCCGGCUGAAAAGGCGAUCACUGCAUUCUCUGUGCUGCAGAAGAGCUUCUACAUAUAUGUUGGAGAUAGUUCUGGAAGUGUGUCCCCAUUGAAGCUUGAUUUGGCUCAGAGAUGUCUAGCUGACCUGCCGUACUGGAUUCCUUUUACUGAAUCUUAUGGUUCCACUACCAGUGCCGGUAAUGAUGUGGAAGUAGUAUUUGUUUCACCCCAGCCUUUGUCUGAAUCGAACAGGGUGCUCAUUAUCUUCAGAGAUGGGGUUAUGAGUUUGUGGGAUAUUAAAGCUAGCAAAGCAGUAUCCAUAUCUGGUAAAACUACGCAGCAGCAAUCACAGAAGGAGGCUAAAAAUGUAACAUCAGCAUGCUGGGUUUGUGCCAAGGGAAGCAAAAUUGCUAUCGGAUACGAUAAUGGCGAUUUAUACAUUUGGGCCAUUCCUGAGGUUACAAGUACACAAAAUUCCUCAUCUAUGGGUGGCCAGAAUCUACCUAUUCAGAGGCUUAACCUAGGAUACAAGCUAGACAAGUUGCCAAUAGUCUCUUUGCAAUGGAUCCCUAGCGAUGGAAAGGCAGGCCGUUUGUAUAUCAAUGGUUUCAAUGAUCAUGGACACCUAUUUCAGGUUCUGAUUCUGAAUGAAGAGAGUGAGUCGCGAAUUGUAAAGAUGGUUUUGCCUAUCGCUGAAUCUUGCCAAGGAAUGGAACUUGUUACAGGGCUUAGUGACCCAAAUAAGCACAGACAAAGUGCCCUUGCACUCUUGUUGAAAUCUGGUCACAUCUGUUUAUAUGAUGAUUCAGAAAUUGAGCGCUAUCUCCUUCACUCUCAGUCUAGAUCCCCUCCAACACUUCCAAACUGUUCAUAUGUGAAGCUUCCUUAUGGUGAUUCAGGCAUCAGUGUUGCAAAGUUCUAUACAAGUAACCCUGCAGCGUUAGCUUCUUUGGACGAGGAUUAUUUUUCAUCAGCUACCAAAUAUCCAUGUCUGUUUUCAAUGAAGGGUAAAGGUCAGACUUUAACAAGUUUUACCAACAUUCAUAAGACCCGGAACCUCUAUAUAACUGGACAUCUAGAUGGAACCAUAAGCUUUUGGGAUGCAUCUUGUCCUCAUUUGCUGCAGAUUUUUAUGAUAAAGCAGCAGAAUAAAGACGAUACAUCAACUGGUAACCCUAUCACAUCAUUACAGUUUGAUAUGUCCUCUAGCAUUCUAUUGUCUGGAGAAAGGAGUGGAAUGGUCCAUAUUAUCACAUUCAAAAAGGACUCCAGCGACAACAUAUUCUCCUUUUUAAAUGCAAAGCAAGGAGACAACUAUGAUGUCAGAAGUAUAAAGCUCAAAGGUGCUGUAACCACAAUGUCUUCUAUCUCAAAAUCAAAGCAUUUUGCUGUUGGGACAGAAAAAGGAAUUGUAUCAGUUAUCAACGUAGAAGAUGCUACAAUAUUAUAUCAAGAACAGUUUGAGUGUCGACUGCCUGGUGGAAUCGCCUCUUUGCAAUUUGAAAUCUAUAGCCAUAAUGGAUAUGACAAGGACAUUUUGAUAAUAGCGAUGGAAGAUUCAUCUAUUUUUGUUAUCGAGGAAGAAACGGGGAAACUUUUGAACCCCAACCCAGUUCAGACAGACAAACCCUCUAAAGCCAUCCUUCUGCAGAUGUUGGAGUUAUCGCCCAUUGACACACCAGCAGUUUCAGAUAACCAAGAUACAGUAUCGAAGGAAUCAUUGCUGCUACUUUGCACUGAAAAUGCGAUCCGUUUGUUUUCCUUGGGCCACGCAAUUCAGGGCACAAAGAAGAUAAUCAAUAAGAAGAAAUUGAGCAGCUGUUGUUGUUUCGCCUCUCUUAUUCAUAGUUCUUCUAAUGACAUUGGACUUAUACUCGUCUUCUCCAAUGGGAAACUUGAAAUAAGAUCCCUGCCAGACUUGUCCUUGUUGAAGGAUGCCUUUUUACGAGGUUUUGUGUACUCAAGAAACUUGAAUUCAAGUAGUUCCAUAACAUGUUCAUCUGAUGGAGAAGCCAUCUUGAUUAAUGGAGAAGAGACCUAUUUUUUCUCUACGCUCUGCCAGGAUGAGAUAUACAGGCACGUAGACAGCAUUAGUACAGUGUACAGAAAAGAGAACUCAACCAGGGAAGACUCUUCUUUUGUAGUGAAAUCUCCUAAAGAAAAGAAAAAGGGUCUGUUUGGAAUGAUUAUGAAAGAUAACAAAGGAAGCAAAUCAAAAGAAAGUGAUGCAAUUGGCAGCGAACAAUGUAUUGCAACGACUUCUGAAGAGCUGGCUUCAAUAUUUUCAUCAACUAACUUUGCUCCGCCAUCUGAGGGAAGGAACAGUUCACUACGAGAUGAUGAAAAUGCCGAGCUGGACAUAGAUGAUAUCGACAUUGAUGACAACCCACAGAAGCCAAAAGGUCCACAUUUCCCUGGUCUAAGCAAAGAUAAAAUCAGCAAGGGACUCCAAACCCUUAAAGGAAAGUUGAAGCCCAAGACUGAAGAAAAGAUAAGCUCGGGAAACAAAAAAACUGAAGAUGAAACAUCAGUGAGUCAAGUCGAUCAGAUAAAGAUGAAGUAUGGAUAUGCAAAUACAACAAAUGAUGACUCAACCAGUGUCACAAAAAUGAUUGGGAACAAGCUGCAGGAAAACAUGAAAAAGUUGGAGGGCAUUAACCUUCGAGCUGCCGAUAUGGCGAGCGGCGCCCAGUCAUUCUCCACAAUGGCAAAAGAGCUACUCCGGACAACAAAGAACGAGAAGGGGACCUCAUAAUCACCUACACCAAUUUCCCCUCCUUUGUAUAGUUCGUCUUUUCCUUUUUUUUUCAUCCCUGGAUCGUGGAUCUGACGAUCUGGACCUCCCCGUUGUCAGACUCUAAAUAGUGAAUGGAGUGUAAGUGACUGAAGUACCCUUUACAUCUUGGUAUAGGGUAACAGCAGGGACUUCACAUAGUUAUUUUUUGCCGCGGCAAUGUCGACUCUACCGUCUACACUCGAAUGAGGAUUGAUACCAAAUAUUUGUUAUAAAGAAAGGUGUUUUCAAAGGUAA